AUGACCCACCCAGCCCUAUACGUCGACGAAACCCUCACCUUCAAAGUCCUCCACACCCAAGAACCCCCUACCCCAGAAGAUGGCGAACUGCUGAUUGAAACACACUUCUCCGGCGCCAACCCCGCUGACAUCAAGCAUGCCACGGUCCUGGGUAUCUACCCCACUGUUUUGGGGUAUGAUUUUUGCGGGAAAGUCGUACAGUCAGCGUCUGACAACAGCGCCUUUCAACCCGGUGACAUCGUCGCCGGCUACACGCCUACUGGUAUUGGUCGGAAAGCCAAAUAUGGUGCUCAUCAGCGGCACAUGAUCUGUCCGGAGGAUCUGGCGUUCAAGGUGCCGAGUAAUCUGCCAAAACAUCAUGCUGCGACUUUGAGCGUUGUGGUUAUGACGGCUGCAGAUGCGUUGUAUAAUUUCUUUGGCUUUCCGCUCCCAUCUCUGGAUGAGGAUGAGGGGAAGGGAAAAGUGGCCAGUCCGCUUCUGAUCUGGGGCGCAUCGAGUAGCGUCGGACUGGCUGCUGUGCAAUUUGCGCGGGCGAGCGGUGUGCACCCGAUCUACGUGACUGCAUCGGCUGAGCGACAUCCAUUGCUAUUGGAGUUGGGUGCUACGCAGUGCUUUAAUUACAAGUCACCGACUGUCGUUGAGGAUAUCAAAACGGCACUACGCGAGUCUCAACAGGAACUCAAACACGCGUUUGACACAGUCGGAAGCAACAACUCCGCGAAACUCAUGGCAGACUGCAUCUCUCCGUCAAACGACACAAUCCUCAUCUCCGUCGUGUUUCAGGACGACCCCCGAUUCAAAAUGCCCUUCGCAGCGCCUGGCCAGGAUGUGACUAUCGAGCUACCCGGUACUCCUGGUAGGAUUACUAUCCCCGCGCGUCCGGAGGAUUACCAGCACGCGCGGAAUGCGUUUCUGUGGGCUAUUGAGAAUUAUGGUGUGAAGUUUGAGAUGCCUAUGGUGAAGGUAUUUGAGGGGAGCGCGGAGGCGUUGAAGGAAUUGAUGGCAUUGGCAGGUCUCGGGAGCGGGUUUGGGAAGGUUGUUCUGAAGCAUCCGUUACGGUAG